AAUACGUAGCCGUGAAACAGAUGGAAGCAAUCCGGAAGUGAGGUGCUACUCGUCUCAAAGAUGGUGUCUUGUUUGGCGUAAUGUCAGAUAAACACAAAGAAUGAGUGAGAAGUAAAUAAUAUCACAGCGACAAGAUGAAAUAUCUGAUGUUUGAAUGUUUGGCUACUGCUGAUAAUUUAUAAAUUGCCUCUGAGGGCGAGCAGCAUGGAUCCCAGCAGAGCCGACCAAGGCUCCUACAGGGAUAAUCUCAUUGGGACUUUACUUGCUAUUUUUGGAAAUGUGCUCGUCAGCAUCUCCUUAUGCAUUCAGAAAUACAGCCAUGUGACGUUAGCGGGAACCAAGGACCCGCGUCCCUUCUACCGCACUAAAACCUGGUGGUGCGGUUUUGUACUGACCUGCCUCGGGGAGGGAGCCAACUUUGUUUCUUAUGCUUUUGCCCCCCUCGCUCUUGUCGCACCUCUUAAUGCUGUGUCCAUAGUUACGAGUGCGAUUUUGGGCCUUAUUUUUCUACGUGAGAAAACUAAGCUGAAGGAAUUCGCAAAGCGCUAUGGGCUGUCCUUCCUGGGAUGUAUCCUAACCAUAGGAGGAACGUACCUCUUUGUAGCAUUUGGACCAAACUCUCACGAGAAACUCAAAGCAGAGAACAUUGUGAAACACCUCGUAGGAUGGCCCGUGCUCUUGUAUCUGCUCCUAGAGAUCAUCACGUUCUGCCUGCUUUUCUACUUCUACAAACAGCGUCACGCUAACUACCUCGUUAUUAUUCUGCUGCUGGUCGCCCUGCUGGGCUCCGUCACACUCAUUACAGUAAAAGCAGUGUCAGGCAUGUUGGUUCUCACCAUUGAGGGCAACAUGCAGCUUUACUACCCCAUCUUCAGUGUCACGUUUGUGUGCAUGGUGGCUUCAGCGAUCUUCCAGGCCAAGUUUCUCUCCCAAGCUUGUCAGCUGUAUGACUCCUCUUUGAUCGCCAGCGUCAACUACAUCCUCUCCACCUUCUUUGCUGUGGUAGCUGGAGCUGUGUUUUACUUAGAGUUUAAGAAUGAAGACAUCCUUCACAUCUGCUUGUUUUUGUUGGGAUGUACUUUCUCUUUCCUCGGGGUCUUUCUCAUCACCAGAAAUAGGAAAAAAACCAAGAACUUUGAGCCAUAUGUCACUAUGGAUAUGACGACGGGUGUCCCAACUAUUCAUGACAAAGGCCUGGUAGACUUUAACGGUUCUUUCUCUUAUGGAGCUCUGGUCAACAACGAUGGAGUUGCUCCUGCUUCUCUACCAGCCAACCUGGAACAACCACAAGUCAGCUUGACAUCCACUGAUGCUUCUCAUGGCCUGCCUGACCAAAAGAAAGAUUAAAACUUAAGUAUUUCUGUGGGUUUUUUGGGUAUGUUUCUUGUCCGCCACCGGCCUCCAGUGGAGGUUUCCACCGGGUGUUUCAGAUGUUCUCUCAGUCUGCCUUACACUCCUCUCCUCUCCUCCCUUCUUUCUGAAAUUUUUUGAAUCAUACGUGACCUUGGGAAUCAUUCCCUUUAUUGAGAUGAUUUUGCUCGUUGUAGAAACCUGAAGCCGCUGCGUGCUGCAGUGCCUUCACGGACUUGACCUCAGAAACAUAACGGCAGAGAGUGUGUUGUGCCUUGAAGCUACUGCCUCUACUCUACUUAGAUAUGAGGUGUAAGGACUCACUUCCAUAACUGUUAUAUUCGCAUUUGCUCAUCAUUCACUCGUCGGUGUAUUAUUGCUUUUCCUCACGUGACCAAACAAUGGAUGCAAUUGUUUCUAAUUUAUUUUAAUGUAUUUAUUAAUUUUCAACUUUGUUUUUAAGUGCUUCUUAAGAAAAGAAGUAGCUGUACACUGGAUAAAAUGCUGUAAGAGGGCACGUAACACACGGGUUAUAUGAGUGAGGCGUCGCUGUAGCAGUUCAUUUCUGAAGAGGCAACUGUAACCAUGAUUACGUUUUGGAAUUACUGAUAAACUGUACAACUAAUUAAACUGUAAGUAUAAAAGGGUAAUCUGCUGUAGGAAAUCUGCAUUUCGUUUCUCAGCUAAGUACUCAUCAUCUUGGUUACAAACAAGAGUUUUGGUUGUAUAUAUUUUUUUAAAUGUAACCAUCAGUCGUUCACAAGCUGAAAAAUGAUGCAGCAAUAAGCAAAAUGUAAAUGCAAGUAUUGAAUGAUUAAACUCCACUCCGUAAUGGAUGAAUGGCUGCGAGAACUGUGUGCACUCCAACCCUACAUGUGGCAAUGCAUUUCUACAGUGUUAAUAAAGCAGAGAGCUUUUCCACAGUGUUGGUUUGGUGCUUUAUUUUGGUUGUGUGUGUGUAAGCUUAACAUUAGCACCGCUGUGUAAACAAACUGAAUCCUGUUUUGUUACCAGAACUGCCCUGCAGUAAAACCAGCUUUUAAAACCG